AAAGGCUUCACAUAUAUAUGACAGUAUCUUCCAGUCUGUCUCGUGGGUCACAAGGAAGUCAGGAAGUACCGAGAUUCACGUGUGCCAGUCCCGAGGCACCAUGGCACUUCGACUCUCCUUCAAAUGCCUAACGCUUGCUGCAGUCAUAGCAGCGGUUUCUGCUACGUUUGGGAAAGAACAUGUACACAUCAGAAUACACCUGAAAGAACCGGAACACCAAGAAUCAAAAAUAAUAAAAAUCCAUGAUGACCAUGGUCACGGAGGUGGAGGAGGUGGUGGAGGAGGGGGUGGUGUUGAACACAUAGAAUUUACUAGUCCUGGAGGCGGAGGUGGUUAUGGAGGAGGCGGUGGAUUCGGAGGUGGCCACGAUGAUAUCGGAGGAGGACACGAUUUUGGCGGUGGAUUUGGUGGCUUCGGAGUAGGUGGAGAUUUUGGCGGUGGCCACGGAGGUGGUGAUUUUGGAGGACAUGGGGGUGGCGGAGGAGGAGGAUUCGGUGGUUAUGGCGGUGGUGGUGGCGGAGGCCAUGGGGGAGGAUUCGGAGGAGGCGGCGGUGGCGGUGGACACAGCAGUGGACACGGAGGUGGUCAUGGUGGAGGAUUUGGAGGUGGUUUCGGAGGCGGACACGUUGAAUUCAGCAGCAUAGGAGGUGGACAUGGAAGUAGUGGAGGUUACGGAGGUGGCAGUGGUGGACACAGCAGUGGUCACGGUGGUGGAUUUGGAGGUGGUUUUGGAGGUGGAUAUGGAGGUGGUGGAGGUGUUUCCAGCAAUCAUGGUAGUGGAGGCUACGGAGGAGGAAGUAGCUUUGGAGGACAUGGAGGAGGAAGUAGUUUUGGAGGACACAGUGGCGGUAGUAGUUUUGGAGGGGGUCACACUACUGGAUUCAUAGCCAGCCCAAGCUUUGGAAGCUCCAGUAAUGGUGGUGGUGGAUACGGAGGAGGGGGUGGACAUGGAGGAGGCGGUGGUCAUGGAGGUGGUGGAGGAGGUGAUGGAGGAGAUGGUCAUGGUGCAGACGACCAUUCUUACGCAUCAGCUAGUUUCGGAAAUAGUAUUUCCUCCGGAUUUGGAAGCAGUGGACAUGGAUCAUCUGGCCUAGGAGGAUACAGUUCUGGAGGAUCAGGUGGUUAUGAUUCAUAUUCAGGAGGACAUGGAGGUGGUUCUUCCUUCGGCGGAGGUGACUCCUAUUCUCUAGGUCAUGGAGGAGGUUCUUCCUCAUCUUCCUUCAGUGGAGCGGACUCCUACUCCUCUGGAGGAGGAGGUCACGGUGGAUUUGCCGGUUAUCCAUAAAAAUAAUUUAAUUAAACUUGAUUGACGAGAGCUUUUAUUUGCAUAAGAGCUUCUACUUAAAGACUUUUCAAACACUAGCAUUAAAGGUUGAAAUUCAAUAAGCGUGUUGUUACGAUGAUGAUAGAUAUUUUUACUUUCAUAAGCCUUCGCUAGUCUAGUAAAUUAAUUUUUGAUUAGUUUCCUAAAAAUAUUAUUAUUAUUAUUGAAACCUAAUUUUCUGAUCUCGACUCAGACAAGUUUUGUGAAAAUUUCGCAUUUGUGUUUUAGAUUAACGACAUUGACUACGAAGAUUUUGCAAAACUCUCGCUGUAACUGGGCGAAUUAUUUUUGUACGUAAUUUAAUAUUUUUGAACGUAUUGAAGAUUUUUGUAUUUGUUUUUGUGAGAACGAAAUAGUUAUGAGAAACGCAGCCGUUUCAAGAGAUGUGAUACGCAACUUUGUUGUUUCCGCAAAACUAUUUCUUAACAUACUGUGGCUGUUUUGUAAAUAUUUGUGCUGUUGAAGCGUUGGUUUUAUAAUAAAAUAUUGUUUACCUUUUUUA